AGUCCUUUCCGGCUCUAUCUGUUCUGAAUGAUAAUCGACCACCCGAACGUCGGCCUCGCUAUCGGAUUGACUUCAGCAGCAGGACUGGCCACAGUCAUCGGUGGCGGCUUAGCGUGCCUCUGUAAUCCCGACAACCAUGCUUUGCUCGCUGGUUGUCUAGCCGUGGCUGCAGGCGUGAUGGUCUUUGUCAGUCUGGUGGAGAUCUUCCCGGAAGCCACUCAUUUAUUCAACGAGAGCGGAUCAUUCAAUGCCGAUCAUGCCUUUAUGAUGACGACGCUGGUCUACUUCAUAGGGAAUGGUCUAUGCCUGGGAGCGGAUAUUCUCGUACAAGUGUGGGUUUCUCAUAAGGAACGCAAGGCCAGAAUCAGUCUAGAGACGGAGGCAGCUACGGAAUUGGAGAGCGAUAACGUCAAGGACGAAACCGGAGCCGCUGGAGUCUGGACUCCGACCACAUCCACUGCAUCAGCCUCUACGAGGCCUGUCGACUCGCCAAGGGAAGCUCCUGAGAUACACUCUCGGUCGAGGCUGCUAGCCACAGCUCUGUUCACGGCUGGUGCCGUGGCUCUACAUAACUUCCCUGAAGGAAUAGUCACUUUCCUCGCCACACUCGAGGACCCGUCUGUGGGAGCCUCUCUGGCCAUCGCGAUCGCCAUCCAUAACAUACCAGAAGGUAUUGCUGUGGCCUCUCCGGUGUUGAAGGCCACUGGUAGCAAGAAGCAGGCCUUAUUCUGGACGCUUAUCUCGGCCCUCGCCGAGCCCCUGGGAGGCAUCCUGGCAUGGUUGAUCCUUGGUGAGAUGAUUAAUGAUGUAACUAUCGCUGUAAUGUUCGCCCUCACAGCCGGGAUAAUGGCAUACAUCGCUAUAAUCAAACUCCAAUUCUCCGCCUCUUACUUCGAUCCGACCAACCGAUGGGCCGGUGGUGGCUUCCUUCUAGGGACAGCUAUCAUGGCAACAUCCUUAGUCUUGUUUCGUACAUGAACAUUACACUUUUUGUAGCCGGGAUCGGCAUACCACUCCUGAUCAUUUCUGUUACCCAAUCUCGGUAUCGAAUCUAAAACAGUUCGAAAUUCUCAUACCAUACGAGUCGCACAG